CAGGCUAUGACACGCGAAUUAUUAACACGUUACCGUUUAAACUUUGUGACAAUAUUCUUAGUUAAAAUUAUAGAACUUAGUUAUUAAUUUAUUAUCGUUAUUAUUAUUAAUUUUAACAUUAAAUUAUUUUACAUAGUACAUUUUAGUAAUCAUUGUUUAGUAUUAUAAUUUUCAUUUAAUAAUUUAUUUUUAAUUAAAAAGAAAAUUAUGGCAGAUCCUUUAGUUGUUGCUGCAAAAAAAGCUAAGUGGGAAGCAAUGAAGAAAAAACAAGUAAUCAAAGUUGGUGACCAUGAUUUAAAUAAUUAUUUUGAAUUAAAUAGACCUGAUCGUCCAAGUCGUUGUACAUGGUCAAGAAAUGCUUCUCAAGAUCAGUCGCCACACACUCACUCUGAAAUUGAAAAUGGAAGUGGUGGUAUAUUACCAAAUGUUUUGCAUGCUAUUGGACAUACGCCUCUAAUAAGACUUAACCGUAUUCCACAAUCUGAAGGAAUAGAAUGUGAAAUACUUGCUAAGUGUGAAUUCUUUAAUCCUGGUGGCAGUACCAAAGAUAGAAUUGGAUGGAAAAUGAUAGAAAAUGCUGAACAGCAAGGAUUACUAAAACCAGGAAUGAAUAUUAUAGAGCCUUCUUCAGGGAAUACUGGAAUUGGCUUAGCAAUGGCUGCUGCAGUUAAAGGAUACACUUGUACAGUAGUUAUGCCUUUGAAAAUGUCUCGUGAAAAAGUAGAUGCACUCAAGUUAUUAGGUGCUAAAAUUGUUCGUACACCAACUGAAGCAGCAUUUGAUGAACUUGAUAGUCUUAUAAGAGUAGCUCAUAAAUUACACCUAGAAGAUCCUGAAAAUACGAUAAUACUUGAUCAAUAUCGAAAUAAGUAUAACCCUUUAGCUCAUUAUGACACAACAGGAAAAGAAAUUCUGGAACAAACUGGUCGUAAUAUUGAUGCGCUUGUAGCAGGUACUGGAACAGGUGGUACUAUAACUGGUGUAGGUCGUUGCUUAAAACAAGAAUUAGGAGAUAAAUGCCGUGUAAUAGCAGCUGAUCCUUAUGGGAGUAUUCUUUCAUUACCAGAGAGUCUAAAUGAAACAGAUGUAUCUGUGUAUCAAGUAGAAGGUAUUGGAUAUGAUUUUGUGCCAACUGUAUUAGAUAGGUCAAUCGUGGAUGAAUGGAUAAAAACGGAUGAUAAAGAAGCACUUAAUAUGGCUAGAAGAUUGGCUCGAGAAGAAGGUCUACUUUGUGGUGGAAGUAGUGGGUCUGCUAUGUGUGUUGCCUUAAAAGUAGCGCGUAAAAUGAAAAAAGGUCAGCGUCUAGUUGUAAUUUUUCCAGAUGGUAUACGAAAUUAUAUGGGAAAAUUUGUCCAAGAAGAAUGGAUGGAAGAUAAAGGUUUUUUAAAGGGUCACUGUUAUAACAAUACAAACCAAUAGUUGUUUCUUGACAAUAUCAUUUAAUUUUAUGAAUUGUUUAAUUAAAAACAGUAUACGAUAAAAUUAAUAUUUUCUAUUAUUUGAAAUUUUAACUAAGAAAAAAAAUGAUAUGGUUUUUAUUUUUUCAUAAUUUUUAUAUUAUAAAAAUAUUUUAGA